AUGCGUUUUGAUUUUGAACGAGAAAACUUCACUCACGUAACAGAGUCGCGAAUAAGUGACGUAGUGCUACCUGGUACACCUUUAGCCAGGAGCACAAUUCCUGUCUGUAGUGACUUCAGUCAGGAGCAUACAAAGGAAGCCUUUUUUUUUUUGACUUACGUGCCGCGCAUGGUGAACAGACAGCAAGAGCGUAAGCAAAGCCAAAUCAACAUUCGCGAGUGUCAUGAAAUUUAAAAAAAGGAAAGAAAAAUCUUCUUAACCACAGAAGAUAUUAUGAGCGCUAUAUAGGGACGUUGCUCCUCACUUGUUUUUCGUAGUACUAAAUAAUAUAGUGAUGAAAACCAGAACCAGUUGCGAGAACAAAAAGCUUUCGUAUUAGAAAAUACAAAAGGUGCUAUACAAAGACAAAAGACCCGGACCAGCAACACGUGGCUCAGAAUUGAGAUUGCAGCUCACAGUUAGACAGUUGCUACUUCUUAGAUACCUAAAAAGCAGCUCUUCAUCCGAGUUACGGGUAGACACAUCACGGACAGUUCUUUUUUCAAUUUUGACACUUUUACGAAUCUUCAACAACAUUGACAGUCCGAGAGAUAUUACAACGACCAAAAUA